UCCAGGAAAGGUCAUGCAUGAAGAAUCCAGGAAGAAUCCAAAUGUAGGCAAAUAUUUUCCUUUCUGUUACUAUAUAAAGUCAGGAUGACAGUUAACAUCUCUGCAAUCUCUAGUUUUACUUCAUCUUCCUUCCUGCUCCAUUUAUAUUAACAUCUCUGCAAUCUCAUACCAAAACAAGAUGGCCUCGUCUUCAGCUGAAACCAAUCUAGCCACAGCAAAGACUGUCCUAUCCACGGCAGCCUCUGUGGCAGCCACGGUGAUGCUUGCGCGAUCAGUAGCUCAAGAUCUUUUACCCCGUGAAUUCCAUGACUACUUUUUCUUUAAUAUUCGCAAAUUCUUCAAUCGUUUCUCUUCCCAGAUCACAAUUGUCAUUGAUGAAUUUCACGGUUUCGGACGCAACCAAAUGUUUAAAGCUGCAGAGACUUAUUUGGGUAGCAAAAUUUCUCCAUCAACACAAAGAUUCAAAGUAAGCAAAUCUAAAAAAGAAAAGAAUUUUACAUUCAAAAUGGAAAGAAAUGAAGAAAUCAUAGAUGUCUUUCAAGGUGUUAAGUUCAAAUGGGUUUUCGUUUGCCAACAAGUUCAAUCAAAAAACUAUUAUCAUCCUUCUGAUCAAAAUUCCAGUUUAAGAUCAGAAAUCAGGUCUUUUGAGGUAAGUUUUCCCAUGAAACAAAAAGAAAUGGUUCUUGAAUCUUAUUUUCCUUAUAUGAUUAAAGAAGCAAAAUCUAUAGCUCAAGAAAAGAAGAGUUUAAAGAUUUUUACACUAGACUGUGAGGAUAUGAAUGACUGGAUACCUGUGAAACUUGAUCAUCCGGCGACUUUUGAAACGAUUGCUUUAGACCAAGUUAAAGAUAGAAUCAUGAAAGAUCUUGAAAGAUUUGUAAAAAGGAAAGACUAUUACAGAAGAGUGGGGAAGGCAUGGAAAAGAGGGUAUUUGCUGUAUGGGCCGCCUGGGACGUGAAAAUCAAGCUUGAUUGCUGCAAUGGCGAAUUAUUUGAAUUUUGAUAUAUAUGAUUUGGAGUUGACUGAGUUGACCUCCAAUUCUCAGCUGAGAAGAUUGCUUAUUUCUACUGGGAAUCGGUCGAUUUUGGUGGUUGAAGAUAUUGAUUGUAGCCUUGAGUUGCAGGAUCGAUUGGCUGAAGCAAGUGAUGAACAAUCUGACCAUCGUUCUUCCCCAAAAAAGAAGGUGACAUUAUCAGGAUUGCUGAAUUUUAUAGAUGGACUUUGGUCAAGUUGCGGAGAUGAAAGAAUUAUAGUUUUAACUACGAAUCACAAAGAAAAGCUGGACCCAGCAUUGUUAAGGCCUGGGCGCAUGGAUGUUCAUGUUCACAUGUCUUAUUGCACCCCAUGUGGAUUUAGGCUUCUUGCUUCUAAUUACGUUGGGAUUAAUGAUCAUUUCUUGUUUCAAGAGAUUGAGGAAUUCAUUUCUACAACGCAAGUCACCCCAGCUGAAGUUGCAGAGCAGCUUAUGAGAAGUGAUGAACCAGAGACUGUGCUUGUUGAGCUAAUUCAAUUCCUCAAAGUGAAAAAGAAAGAAAAUGAUGAAGAGAAGGCUAAGGAAAGUGCAGUAGUGGUGGAUAGAGAACAAGAGCAAACUGUGGAAAAUGAAGAUGAUGAUGAUGAAAAUGACAAUUAACCAGUUUGGUAUAUAUAGUUAUUAUUUCUGGCUUUUGGUUUUUGUUUCUCAAAGAAUAAAGAUCUAUUAUUAACUUUUUUUUUA